AUGGAGAUCCACAAGGAGUUAUCUUGCUCAGAGAAGGCCUCCUGGUUCAAACAACCAAAAUUACACAGUGGAGAAUCUCAUCGGGAUGGGAGUGUCUGCCUUGACCAUGCUGGUUCUCAGGGUGCUGCUGUUUCAAACCCAGCACAGUCGGACAAGGACCCAAGUUGCAGCCAGGAGAUAAACACAAGAGAAAACAAACCCACUAUUAAUGAGAUAUUUAGAUAUCUGGUUAAAGAGAGAAAUUCAUUCACCUGGAGCAGACAGAACACACUGGAGCCUGGGGACAAGGCUGAGUUCUCCAACCCACGCUUGACAGAGAAUUAUGUAGAGAGCUAUCACUGUUACUAUCUUAGCCACACUGUCUGGAAAGAGCACAGUGACCUGGAGCUGGUGGUGACAGGAUUGUACAGCAAACCCUCUCUCUCAGCCCUGCCGACACCUGUGGUGACCUCAGGAGAGAAUGUGACCCUGCUGUGUCAGACAUGGAGCUCAAGGGAUGCUUUCCUUCUGUCCAAGGAGGGGACAGCUGAUCCCCUACUGUGUCUUCUAUCAAAGUACAGAGCUCAGCAGAACCAGGUCCAAUUCCCCACGAGUCCUGUGACCUCAGCCUGCGGGGUUACCUACAGGUGUUGCAGCUCAUACAGCACCAGCCCCUACCUGUUAUCACACCCCAGGGACACCCUGGAGCUCAUGGUCUCAGGGACCUACAAAUGCUACGGCUCUGUCAGUCACUCCCCCAAUGAGUGGUCAGUGCCCAGUGAUCCUCUGGACAUGGCAAUUACAAGAGGACCCCACAUCUCCUACAGCUUUAAGGACAAGUGCACCAUGAAGGCACAGGCAGGAUAUGCUGUUACUGUGGUACAGACUACAGCCUAA